UAGAUUUUCUGGAAAAACGGAUCCGCAUAACUUGAUAAGAUAACUAGACACUAUGUCAACAAGCAACAAAAUACGGGGCUAUGCUGUUGUUAUUGUAAAUGAAAAAGAGGUUGAUAACUCCGGCUUUAAAGAACGGAAAGGUGCAUCCAAUGAUUCGGAUUUCAUUCAAGCAUCUUUCUGUAACAAACUUGGUUUUAAAUGGUUGAAUCAAAGUCAAAGUAGGGAUCUGAAAAAGUCACAGUGGAUUCAUUCCGGAGAUCCACCGAAAGAAUGCGAUUGUUUGACCUGCAAGAUUCAGAAAACAGACCAUUCAAAGUCCGAGUGUUUCCUACUAGUCAUUAGUACACACGGAAGAGAGGAAGAAGGACAACAGAUAAUCAGAUUUAGUGAUGUCAAGAAGAUUUAUCUAGCAGACGUGAUUGAUACGUUAAGUGAUGACAAAUGUCCGUCUCUUGUAGGAAUACCUAGAAUUGUGGUAUUACAAACUUGCAGGACGAACAAUAAAUUACCGGAAGAGCUAAGAGAUGAUCAAGGGUUUGAAGUUACAGUUGGGAUAGGACAACUCAACAUCAAGGAUGGCAAUGACAAUGAUAGCGAACUUGCUGUUCCAGAAAAGGGCCAAGGCGAUAACCAGGAUAUGAAUGACCCCUCUUCUGGGAAUGACCUCUCUUCUGGGAAUGACCUCUCUUCUGAAGACGAGUCUGAUGUUGAUCCCGAGGAUGACAUAUUUUAUUCAGCAUGCGCCAUUCCUAAUAAUUUUCUGAUAGUGUACCCAACAACAGCUGGGAAGAGGUCUAAACGAAAUACCAGAAAAGGUUCUUGGCUGAUAGAGGAGUUAAAUGAUGUUAUUUGUAAGCAUGACUUCAAAACUGAACCAACUAUGAACUUCCUAAAAGUUCUUACCAAAACUGCUGGUCAAGUAGCCAAGCGAACAACAAAAAAGGAUAAGUUUAUGAAUUCCCCUUGCAUUGUACACAAGCUGCUAUGUCCACUAUUGUUUACUGCACCAGAAAGCAAUGAAAUGGCAGGGCCCUCUACAUCUGAUAAACCGGCUCUUUAACACAAAAAAUAUCUUGUUUUAUCCGAAAUUAGGGUUCUAGUAAUUAACACGAUUCUUAUACUGAAUAAUGUUUUAUGCAUAUCCAACUCAAUAUUUAUAAUCAAUGUUUUUAUAUAUGUUUUUACAGUAUGUAUUUUCAUACUUAUUGUUUAUAUUUGUAACGUCUCUAAAAGUUUUUUUUGUAGAAAAUACAUAGUCAAAGAAUAAUUUUAAUCUCCAUUU